AUGGAGGAAUUCAUAAAACCUGUGGAGAGCUCAAGUUCAAGCGAGGAGCUUCUUUCGAAAGAGGAUCGCCAGGUCCUGAAAAACAAGCGUUUGUUGGAGGCUUGCAGUCUCAACGACACCGAGAAAGCUGCUCAUCUGAUUGAUGAUGGUGCGGACUGCUGUUACGAGGACAGCAAGCAGUGGUCGCCGCUGCUGUGGGCUUCAACAAACGGAAACUUGGUCCUCGUUAGGAAGCUGCUUGCAGCAGGGGCAGCUACGACGUACCUUGACCACGGAUACGGGUACGCUGCUGCUGACAAUCUAACCAAGCAGGGUUCAAGCAUGGACACACGGGGGUCUCGUUCCAGGUCGCCUGCGCCCUCUGAUCGUACCUGCAGACGGAAGCGAUACACACCCCUGCACUGGGCUGCGUUCAAAGGUCACCUGAGGAUCGUUUGGCUUCUUAUCAAGGCUGGUCUUUCACCACACGCAAGAGAUGCUCUGGGCAACACCGUUCUGCAUCAAGCUGCCGCAGGCGGGGAUGUGGCCACUAUCAAAACAAUACUUUCUUUGGGAGUAGACGUCGAUGCGAAAAACGGGAGAGGCCAUACCGCUGUGGCUCUCGCGGGAACGGAGGGGAGUAAACGGAUUUUGGAAGCGGCAUCGGCUGCAACGCAGUGCAAGGCCACAGGCGAGCACUUCUCGUACAAAGUGAUGCGUCAUAUGUGUAGCUUUACAGAAGCCUUUUUCGCGUCGACAGCUGUGAAUAUGUUCUGGACCUUCGAAACUGCAGAAGAUGAGGCAAAAGAGAAACCUGUGACAUGGUGUCACGAGGCGAUGCGCCAGAAUCAAGCGGCGGAAGCUCGCAUCUUGGCUGCUUUAGAUAGUGAAUCCCUCGAAGAGGUUGAUGCAGCGUUGCUCGGAACGGCAGACUUCACCGUCUGCCCGAAAUUACGAAGAAGGAUCCUCCACCAAAAGUCAAAGCUGGAGGCGGAGACAGCGCUUCGGCAAGCGAUGGAUAUUCCCGAACUUUCAGGAGACGACGGCUUUUUUGAGGCUAUCGAGCUGCUCAGUGCUGCUAUCAACGAUGGCGUCUCCAAGGAAUGCAACGAAGGCGUUUUAAAGGCCGCCCGUACUAAACUGCGAAAAAUAGAAACAGAACUGGAAAUUACCAGACUGCUGCGCAAGCCAUCUUACGACAACUUCAUUCCCAGCGUGCAAUUUAUCAACGCACUCACAGACGUUAUCCAGUCAGCAGAAGAUUUUGGGGCGAACUCUGCACUCUUGGCGAGUGCGGUGGAGACCAAACAGCGCGUCAUCGACUACUUGUAA